AUGAGCCAGCAGGGUGCCCGCUUGGACCAGGCAAGGGAUCGUCCCCCUGUACUUGGCACCGGCGAGCCCCGGGCGCGCCCCGCGGGCCCCAGCUCGGGGCGGGAGGGCGGCAGGCGCAAGAGAACCACCUUCAGCAAAGCGCAGCUGGAGCUGCUGGUCCGCGCCUUCGAGAAGGAGCCGUACCCCGGCAUCGCCCUACGGGAGCAGCUCUCCAGCCUCACCAACAUCCCCGAGUCCCGGAUCCAGGUGUGGUUCCAGAACCGGAGAGCCCGGCAGCUAAACCACAAGAAGUGCGAGGCCGCCGCCUACGCCAGGCCGAGCAAGCCGAAGCCGCCCCGGUGCGCUGGCCAGGAGCAGCCCCGGGCGCAGCAGGGCCCGGGGACAGAGCGGAACCUUCUCUGCCCGCAGCCAGGCUUGCCAGGAGGGAGCCAGAGCUUCGGUGGUCAGCCGCCCUUCUACUCGGGGCAGCCGUACUCAAGGCUCGACAUGCAUUUCAGGAGCUUGGAUAACACUUUUGGAGCGCUGGGUCAGACCCCAGCUGACUUCGGUUUGGAUUGUUCGGGAAGAGGGGUCCCACUAGGUGCGGGAAGCGUGGGGAGUGCCCCUCCGUUCUCGCUCCCUGUGCAGCAGGCACAGGAGUAUCCGUACAUGAAGAAAUCCUUCCCUGAAGGCUGCUACUCAGAUGCAGAUGUUUUCCAGCCUUGCACAGAUCACCAGUACCCAGCAGCUAAAGAGAACAUGUACAGGAAGCCUGUCUUAAACUACUGCAGUGCUAACCAGGGCCUGGGUGUUGAGAACUGUCUGUAUGCCAAGUCAAGCACUCCUCCCUUUGGGAAGGGCUCCACUUUCAGUUUUGAUGGGGGGGAAGCUAAGCUUGAGCCCGAGCAGAUGAGGCACAGCUCACCUCUGCUUGCAGCUAGUAAUGCUAGUCCUCCUUUGGUACUUCCAAAGCACGAAGGGGGGUAUCAAACUGCACUUGCCACUCCAGCCCCAUUGUAUGAGCAGCAGCUGCUGGAGACAGUAAAUGACUAUGACCCUCAUUGGCUGGGCAUGAGAAAUGACAUUUUGGGAAUAGGGUUAGAUUUGUUGUUUGAGAAUGAGCAAAAUGUGGAGCAAGGUCAGACAAAAAGUUACCUUUCUGCUUUUGGUGGCCAGAAUUCAGUCUGUCAUUUGGGUCAGACAUGAAACUGGCAGUGGGUCCACUUGCCUGAUGGAAAACGAAUGCGAUUUUUUUUUCUCUCAGUUGCCAGUGUUGUCUGAAGUGGCUAGAGGUUUUGCAGGUCUAGGUGCAGAGUGCUUGCUCUGAGUUUUGUGCCCCUGUAUGGGAGGGAAAGAAAGAUAAGCCACGUUAGGAAGGGCUCCCUGCUGCAUGUGAGCUGCCUCCCCACCCCAAGCCAUCUUUCACCAGCCCCUCGCAGCAUUCCUGCACGUUUGGUUAUGGGCAGCCUGACGUUAACCCGCAUGCACAGAUCUUCACAAGUGUGUCAGCACUGAAGAGCUCUGUGUUAGGCUGUGCUGCAUUAAUUCUGCCAGGAGGCUUAGCACUAGGGUGGUGUUUUGUGGCCUUACUCUACUGAGUUUUGCUUCUAUUCUGGUCAUUAUUUGCUUAUUUUAACUUAAGGAAUCCUAGAUAACAGACUUAUUUAUAGCUUUUAGUUGAGAAAGCAUUAACACAAGAGGGGUACAAGCAUGAGAAAAGCAGCCUUGGUGGUGGCAGGGGACAUCUCACUGGGUGUGUUUGCAUUUUAGGUAUGUUCCUCAUAAAGAACACUAAUGGUCUUUUCCUGGGUACUUAAUAUAUAGUGUUUUCAUUUAAAAAUGACCACAGUCUUUUAAAAGGCAAUAUUUUUGUGAUUUUUGUGUAAUUUGUUUGCAAAUUGACUUUUUUUUUUUUUAUUGUGAUUGUCUAGUUGCCAAAUUAAGGUUUUUUACCUUCAUGAAAUUGUAGAAUUGCACUCAGAGAAGAAUGUGUUUCAUCUUUGCAUUUGCACAUGGAGCCUAUUUUUAGAAUUCUCAAGAUCCAUGGUUAUCCAGAAAACCACAGUAAUCAUGGAAAGGUUCUUCAUGUGUACCUCUGGAGAACUGCCAUGGAUGUGUGUUAAAGCAGUAUUAGGCCUAGGAUGCUGAAAACUCUACAUGCAGAUCUAUUUUUGUGUUUUAAAUGUGGCUCUGGAAUAUUUUAAAGUAUGCUUUAGAUUGUAAUAAUUUGCUAUUAACUCAAUUAUUUUGUUUCUAGAACAAGAGAAACAAUGAAAAUAAAGCUUAAUCACAGACCAUUAUUUUAUUAAUAAAAUUGAUAUCCCUGAACAAAAUGUCUAUGGAGGUGUGUACACAAGAAGUCCAGAAAAUUUGUCCUGACUUUUGUCAGUAAUUUUUAUCUGUGGCUGUAACUUUUCUGCCUUAACCUAAAGCAUUGGAAGAAGCUCAUGUAUUACAGAACAGCUAUAUGGCUUCAGACAAUAGCUGCAGGGCACUUUGAAUACAAGUUGUAUUUGAGAGUGAAGGACAAAGAUUGUAUUUAUGAUCGUAUAUAUGACUCUUUUAGUAAAUUUUUGGAAAAAAAAAACGCAUUAAGACUUUUUUAUUUACAUAUACCCUCUCCCUCAUAAUACCCUCCUAAGGAGAAUGCUUCUUCAUCACAUAGGAGGUACUUCCACAGCCAUGGUAUAGCAGCCUCCCCUGGGCUUGCAUGCCAACAGCAUCUCUGCUGUCAUGUGAUCAGGUGAUGCUGGGGCAGGGACCAAACGUGCUCAGCAGUUGAACUACUCUUCUACUGCCUGUAAAAUACUCCUGCUUAUAAAAGAUGGGAGGAUCUUACAUGCUAAAUAUUGAAAAAUGUAUUUUCUUCUAGAUAACUUGUCAAAGAGACAGCAAGGAUCCAGAUUCACCAAUGUCACUUUUAGUCAGGCUGGGCUGACACUGCAGGGUGGCCCGAGCUCCUCCUCACGUGGAUAUGUGAAAUCACAUUCCUUUCUUCACAGCCGCCUCCUCCAGCAGCGGGAAUAGUGUGACAGGCACGGCCCCUGCAAGUCCAGCUGGAAGCCUGGGAGGCAGGAUGGGGCCAGCAGCACGGAGGGAGCAGUUCACGGCCGGACACCUCGUUAGCAGCCCUGCCCCUCAUGGCUGGCUCAUGCCGAAGGAGAAUCACCCUUUUUCAUUGAGCAGGGUCUGCACCACCAGCGCACCUCAGGGGACUGGCCUUCAGGCGGGGCACAGACCUGAGAUAAAACAAUGGCUCACUUCUCACCUGGGUACCUUGCCCUCUGCGUGCCUGGCCAUGUCCCUUGGGUGCAGGGCUUGGUACCUGCAAAACGCCCCCAGGGCGUAUUAGGGACAGGAGGAGAGGACAUUGUGUUAAGCUGCACCAAGGGAGGCUUAGGUUGGAAAUCAGGAAGAAUUUCUUCACAGAAAAGGUGAUUAGACACGGGAUGGGCGGCCCGGGGAGGCGGUGGAGUCCCCGUUCCCGCGGGCUCAGGGAGCGCGGCCCUGGGCGCCCAGACGUGGCUGGCGCGGCGGUGCUCGGUCCCGGGGCGGGCUCCGUCAGCUGAAACCCCCACUGUUUCCGUCAUUCCGUCACAAUUCACUGCAUGGAAAAGCCCUUCACAGCUUUUACCCUGUGACUUGUUCGUCCUCCCACAGUCCUUGGCAAGGAUUUAUCUUUUUAUCCUUCUCGCAGUAAUCGCUGAGGCCGCAUCUGCCACUUCGUACGGGGGCUGCCCCGAGCCCGCGGGCAGCUGAGGGUCCCCACGCCUCCUCCGCUCCGGGUGCCGUGGGCUGACCCCGCCGGGCAGCUACCGCGGGCUUUCACCGAGCUUGCGGGAGAGUCACUUACUCCUGAACACGCGCAUAGGGGCCGGCUCCCGGUUCCCGUCCCCGCUCCCGGUUCCCGUCCCCGCUCCCGGUGCGGGCUGCGCGGCGCCGCCGCCACCCUCCCGCUGU